UUUAAUGUCUGAAAUGUAGCUUUUUAUUAGAUGUUUCGUAACGUAGAGUCAAGUUAACCACACGUCCUGCUUCUCACCGUCAUUUUCUAGCGUUACCAGCAAAUGUCAGUUUCUAAAAUACUGUCCGUAUCCCCUUGUUUUCACGGGGGAACCUCACAGUUAGCGAGUGAAACUAACUUGCACAGAAAGGGAAGAUGAGUUAGCCGUCGGAGGCUAACCGAGGCAGCUAGCUACUCUGGCCCUGUCACUUCUUCGUUUGCUGCUUCGUCUCGUCGGCGUCUGUUGACAGGAGAUAAACACAAGAGUGUGGCAGCGACUUUGGGGGAGUUUCCUGUCUCACCGCAGGAAUGCCGGGUGGAGAGUACGGGGAGCUCGGGGCCAGUCUCCCCGCCAUCGCCUCCCUGAACGCCUCCUACUCUACAUCAAUGUCCAUCCCGUCCCCGUACCUGUUUGCACCACCUGCUGAGCGCAGGGUCAUCUCUGACGUCCGCCGCACCUUCUGUCUCUUUGUGACGUUCGACCUGCUCUUCAUAUCGCUUCUCUGGAUUAUUGAGUUGAACAUCUCCAGCAACAUUUGGACCAGUUUAGGAGACGAAGUUAUCCGCUAUAACUUCCGGUCUUCCUUCUUCGACAUCUUUCUUCUCGCCAUCUUUCGUUUCCUGUGUCUACAAGUGGGUUACGCUGCCUUUCGGUUAAAGCACUGGUGGGUAAUUGCGAUUACCACUUUAGUGACCACUGUCUUCCUGGUCGUGAAGGUCAUCGUAUCUAAUUUGCUGUCCCAGAAUGCCUUUGGCUACGUUCUGCCCAUCACCUCUUUUGUGGUGGCCUGGCUGGAGACCUGGUUUCUUGACUUCAAAGUGCUCACGCAGGAGGCAGAUGACGAAAGAGCCUACCUAGCAGCGGUGAACGCGGCCUGGCUACGGGCUCCUAUGAUCUACCCCUCGGCCGUUUCAGACGGACAAUUCUACUCCCCACCUGAAUCCGUCGCAGGCUCCGAAGAGGAUCUGGAUGAGGAGGGUCUUGGGCGCAGAGCUGUCACCAAUCAGGAGAAGGAGUACGUCCGACAGGGUCGUGAGGCCUUGUCUGUGGUCGAACAGAUCCUAGCCCAGGAGGACGGAUGGAAAUUUGAAAAAAACAAUGAAAUGGGAGACUCUGUCUACACCCUGGAGAUUCCCUUCCAUGGAAAGACUUUCAUUCUCAAGGCUUUCAUGCAGUGUCCUGCUGAGCUGGUGUAUCAGGAGGUGAUUCUGCAGCCAGAGAAGAUGGUCCAGUGGAACAAAACGGUUUCCGCCUGCCAGAUCCUCCAGAGGGUUGACGACAACACACUUAUUUCAUACGACGUCUCUGCUGGAGCAGCGGGGGGAGUUGUGUCUGCCAGGGACUUUGUUAACGUUCGACGGGUGGAGCGCAAACGAGACUGCUACCUGUCUGCCGGUAUGGCAACCGACCACGACGCCAAGCCCCCAUGUGGUCGCUACGUCAGGGGGGAGAACGGUCCUGGAGGAUUUGUGGUCCUCAAAUCCAGCAGUAACCCGUCGGUCUGCACCUUCAUCUGGGUCCUCAACACGGAGUUGAAGGGCCGUCUGCCCCGCUACCUCAUCCACCAGAGUUUGGCCGCCACCAUGUUUGAAUUUAUGUCCCAUUUACGGCAACGUAUCGCUGACCUGCGGCCCUCUCUGCGCUCCCACCAGCAGCACACUUAAAACAGCAGAGACACCGGACUGUGCCACAGCUGGUUGGGAGGUAUCACUACUGGGCUUUUGUAUACGUAUAUUCAAAUCAGCGGAACACGUGCAAUGAGCACAGCAGUGCUCUCGUGACACAUUGAGCUGAAGGGAUGUGCCAUAGUGACUGAAAAGACUGCAGCUUGAAGCAUAGGAGAUGUGAGACAUGUGACCAAGCAUUCACCACAUUUCAGUCACAUGAGAAGAGGAGUAAUUUGGUUUUCAAAGACGUUCUUCUUCUUUAUGGAAGGUCAACAAUGUUUUUUUUUUUUUUUCUAGUGUGAUCACAUACAUAUUUUUGAGAAGACCUGAUGUUAUUUGGCCCCUCGCUGUACGAGGAGAGCCGUUUUCUGGGCGCAUCACUCACACAAGAAGACCUGGAUGAAGACGGGGGUCGAUUCUCACCGUCUGACGUAUUUCAAAAUGAAACCGAUAUACUGAGCCUUAUCUUACUGUUGGCCAUUGAUUUGCUGCCUUUUUGUGUGUUUUCACUGCAAUGUUAUAAAUGUUUCUCUGGUGCGCCAGUCAUAAAGCAAACCCAUACUUCAGUCCCACCUUCAAGGGACAUGUCAUUUGAAGGAGUAAAAGCUGUUUUCCACGGUUAAUUCUCUUUAACGACACUGUGAUAGAUGGUAAAAGCAGCAUCACUAGAAGAAGAUGCCACUUACCCACCCAGUGAAAUUCUCUAAGGCCGUUUUCGAAUAUGAAGAAUGCAGCGCAAGACUGUCAGACCCUUUCCCAAAGACAGAAAACUCUGGAGCUUUCAGGCGGGGGGGGGCACCCGGGUAGAGCAAGCAGCUGGCAGGACAUGAUGUGUAUAUUCCGCUGUGGAAAUUACAUGUUUGUUGUUUACAGCACAUUGACACCAUAUCAUCAACAGCUCUCAAGUCUUUAUUAAUUGGAAAUUGACAUUUUGGUCGGCGUCCUCUCUGUAUCUCACCUCUUUUCAUGCUGAGAUACUUGGGCUAUUUUUCUUUAUUUCAGUUUUGCGUUCGUGGCGUGAUUAAACAACUUCUACACGCCCUACUGCUCGACAUGUAUUGUCACAGGGGCCCGCUCUGACAUUUUGCUUGUCGGCUUUGAGGAAAAGUUGUAGAAAUGUCUUCCACGACUGGCUCAGAUAUUCACCUUCUCACAUGCAGCCACAUAGAGCCCCUCCAGAAGUUUUCUGGAAAAUGUCCGAGGUUCAGUGCAUGUCUAAAAGCAGCUUUAAUUUGACAGCUCCCUUUCUGCAACUGCAAAGACUUGUUAUCUAAUCCUCUUAAAUCUAAUCAACUUUUUUCUGAGGGUUUCUCAAAACUGCUUUUGUGCUGCACUUUAUCAUCCGAAGUCAAACCAGGCUUUUGCAUUUGCAUUUGCAUUUGCAUCACAUACUAACAAUAUUAUAUAUUGUUAGUCAGGGUCGUCUGCCCCGCUACCUCAUCCACCAUUGUUAGUAUGUGAUGCAAAUGCAUUAUCGGGCUCGAUUAGUACUGGAGGAUGAUGCUCACACAUCGUGACGCUGUACACGCUCUGAAGUUGUACUUUUGUAUCCAUUAACCUCAAGUGGCCUUGUGGUAAAAGAAGCUGAGCUCAUUCAAGUCAUCAACAGUUCUGAAUGUGCUGACAUUAGUACUGGUCUCCCCUCAGGCACUCAGAUGGAGGAUUGAAGUUUUUCUAUCACUUCUUACAUUCUGAUUACUGCGUGUUAGUUUUGCUUCAAACAUCUUUAUCUCAGUGUUGUGACGGACCUCAGAAAAUCGUUUAAAUAAUUUCACAAAACCUGGUCAUAGGUCCAAAAUCACUGCGGAGUUGAAGCAGAGUGAGCAGAGCAGGCAGGACACUUUGGUUCUCACUCGCAAGCUGUCAACCAUCUGAAAAGAGUCCAUGUCCAAAAGUGGUGGUAAUUGCGAUUUUUCUGUUUUAGCUGUUUAUCAUACUGAAGGAAUGUUAAAUGAAAUCAGCGUUCUGGUGCCUUUUUAUCACUCUCCCCUCACGUCCGGCUUUUUCUUUUGCUUUACUCUGUCAUGUCCAUGUAUGCCAUAUUCACAUGAAACAUGCUUACAGUACUUAAGUUUGUGUCUUUCUUUUUAAUAGCUUUUGAAUGUAAUUUAUCAUAAAUCAUUCAACCAACAUGUUAAUUUAAACCAACAGUCAAACAGUUUUUAUUGAGUCUUAACCAGUGUCUGAUGUUUAAUAAAAUAUACAAAGUCA